UCGGAAUCCCCAUCGUGGAGUUUUCCUUCCACAGUCGGUCAGAUUCUUCAUCCCUGAUCUUGUGCGCUCAUCCACCGUUCAACAAGGGGACAGAAUGGGAGCAAAACUCAGUCGAAAGAAGAGUGAAGCUGGAAUAGGAGCAGAGACAACCGGUCUGGAGACCGCAGAGCAGAAACCUUCUGAAGCUCCAGUCCCAGAAAGUGCUUCAGAAGAGAAGCCUUUAGAAGACGCACCAAACGAAGACCAGAACCUCAGUGAGCCUGCCAGUUUUCUGGAGAGCAUUACACAAGCUGUAGAAGAAACGGUCAGUGCAGUCACAGAACAGAUUGCUGCACCAGUGGAAGACGUGGUGAGUAAGGGCAUUGAAGCAGUGGAGUCCGCAUUGGCAGCUGUCAGCCUCAAUGUGAAGGAACCUGCAGCUCCAGUGCAAGAACCUGAGCAAAUUCAAGAGUCUGAACCUUUGGUGGCUUCCUCCCUCUUGGAUGACCUGGUGAAAUCUCAACCGAUCUCCGAAGCCCUUAAUGCUGAGCUUGACUCUGGGGUCACGGUGGAGAGUGAAGCCAUAACCAGUCCCAAUCCUACACUAACGGAGAACAAGGAUUUGCUGGAAUGUUUGGAUACGGUGGCGGCACCAUCAGUGGACCUGCUAGACUGUAAAGUGUCCCAUGAUUUCACAACCCCAAAUUUAGAGCCCUCAUUUGCCCUAGAAGACAUGGGACAGGGCCCAUGCACAGCAGUUGACAAGGUCAACCUUAUAUAAACCACUUCACACACGCCUCCAGAAAACAUCAACAUUUAGAAGCGCAAUAGAGCGCAGCAGUCUGGUUCAGGAAGUAAAAAUCCUAUAAAUGUUUUCCAUAUGAUGAACAGAUGAUAAACCGCGAGCUCCGAAGUUGUUAAUUGAUUGUAUAUGCUCCUGUUAAAGCCAUUAGUGCAUGUCAUUUCAACUCCAUAAAAUCAAUUCAAAUACAUAAUUCGCAAUGCUUCAUGGGAUUGUAGUUCGUUCCAUCAUUAAAGACAAGUACAACACAGUCUUGUACCUUUGCCUUUUUGUCCGAUUUGUGCUUCAUUUCAAAGUUUGUAGUGUUGUGAUUCACUUUCGGGUUGGUUGGUUCAUGGCUUAUUACUCAUCCCUAUGGAUUGUAAUGGGGGGGGGAUUAAUUGAACCAAGCUGGCUGAAAAUAUGGACAGGCAUGGUUGCACUAAAUUGGUCAGACCAAGAGAAUUGUCAAGUUAAUAAUGAAACCAUUAUCUUUUAACUAUUUGUUUUUAGGAUUACAGGCAUAUAAUAUUCAGUUAGUUGUAAAACCCAGGAUAAGAAAUGAAAAUAAGCCACUUCAGAUACCCAAUGAACAUUCAGCGGCUAAAGAAUGUACAUUAAACAAUGAUGAUUGUCAAUGAAAAUAAAGACUGUUAAUCA